GCAGAGUGCUGCCCUGUGCUGUUUGUUGCGUGAGGGUGCAUGUGCGAGAAAGUGACCCAUAUCGAUUAUAUAAAAUGGCGGCGAGAGUUGUUGCAAGUGGUAGCUUGAGAAACAAUAUUGCAUCUCCAAAAAACUUAAGGUCAAGCUUAAGAAGUUUAUCAACAUCAUAUCAGUUACAAAAGAAUGCUCUGAUUGUAAGUUCUGCUCGGACUCCAAUUGGUUCUUUUCAAAGUUCCCUCAGUGCACUGUCUGCUUCACAGCUAGGAAGUGAAGCUAUUAAAGAAGCCAUAUCAAGAGCAGGAGUGCAAGCCCAUGAUGUACAAGAAGUUUAUAUGGGAAAUGUAUGUAUUGCUGGUGCAGGACAAGCUCCAGCCCGUCAAGCAGCGCUCGGUGCUGGCCUGCCACAAUCCACUCCUUGUUGCACAAUAAACAAAGUAUGCGCAUCAGGAAUGAAGUCAAUCAUGAUGGCUGCACAAAGUAUUAUGUCAGGCUCACAGGAUAUUAUGGUAGCAGGUGGACAAGAGAGUAUGUCCAAUGUCCCGUUUUAUUUGAAACGUGAAGCUUUAAAAUAUGGUGGAAAUAUGUUAAUUGAUGGGAUUGUAUUAGAUGGACUAACAGACGCGUAUGAUCACAUACAUAUGGGGGCGUGUGCUGAGCAGACUGCAGCAAAAUACGGUGUGACACGAGAUGAGCAAGAUGCGUAUGCGAAGGCUUCAUACAUUAAGACAAAGACGGCUUGGGAGAACGGAAUUUUUGAUAAAGAAGUUAUUCCAGUUUCGGUUCCUAAUAAACGAAAAGGUCAACCUGCAACACUUGUUUCAAUUGAUGAGGAGUUUACAAAAGUAAAUUUUGACAAGAUGUCUUCUUUAAAAACGGUUUUCAAAAAGGACGGUACUAUCACAGCUGCAAAUGCCAGCACGUUGAACGAUGGCGCAUGCGCGACUGUUAUCAUGUCAGAAGAAGCAACCAAACUACACGACACAAAACCUUUAGCGAGAAUCGUUGCAUUUGCUGAUGCUGCAUGUGAGCCGGUACAUUUUGGUGCUGCGCCAUCAUUGGCUACAAGCAAGGUUUUGCAGAAAGCUGGCAUGACAUUAGAUGACAUAUCAAUGAUUGAAAUAAACGAAGCAUUUAGUGCUGUUGUAUUGUUAAAUAUAAAGGAACUUAAUUUGGAUACUGAAAAAGUGAACAAAAAUGGUGGUGCUGUAUCUUUAGGACAUCCAAUUGGCAUGUCUGGUGCACGAAUAGUCAGUCACAUGGCACAUCAAUUGGAAACAGGUCAAUUCGGUCUUGCUAGUAUUUGUAAUGGCGGGGGAGGCGCUUCUGCGAUGAUUAUUCAAAAGUUGUAAUUUUUAUGUUUUUUUAGUCUUCGGUUGCGACUUUCCAAUUUGUGUUACCUCAUUCAACUCAUCUGUUAUCUCCUUUAAGCGAUUUAAAUGCUGUUAAAUAUUUUUGUUUGUUUGUUCAUUGCGUAUUAAGCAACUCUCAAUAAAAAAUUUCACAUUUUGCGUGGAAUUCGUGCAACAUUGGAAGUCAUUUCUUGAAAUUAUAUUAUUUGUACUAGGAUAAUUUUUGCAAUGAUUUUUUUUGGAUAAGCUCCUCGCUAUGAGAGAUAAUUUUAUUUAUGUCAUCGCUAAUAUUUUGUUUGUGCGUUGUACAAAAUGUAUAACUAGCGAAAUGACUAAAGAAACAGAAUUGUAUUUUUUGAUUAGA